AUGCAUCGUCUCCACCGACUGGCGUUGGUCAAUCGUGGUGUGCUAGCAGGCGAUCACCCGUACGGUGCUGUUUGCGUGCAAAAUGGAAGAUGGCUUUCAGCAUCCGCUCAAACGAAACCAAAAGAACACCGAUCGGCAACCCCGACGGUCAACACCUCGUAUAUGGCGAAUCUGUUCCGGGGUGAAAUCGAACCACUGCAACUGUUCCCGUUCCCUGAUUCCCUGAAGCAGGAGCAGAAGGACAUGGUCGGUUCGCUCAUUGAUCCGGUUACGCGCUUUUUUGAAGGUUACGAUCCCGUGAAGGCGGAAAAGAACGGUGGACCGGAUGAGGCGACAUUCCAGAGCAUGUGGGAGAUGGGUCUGAUGGGUAUGCAAGCGCCAGAAGAGUACGGUGGAUUGGCCCUUCCGAACACGGGUUAUGCGCGAAUGGGCGAACUGGUCGGCUCCGUCGAUCUAGGUCUGGCGGUUGUGUUUGGGGCUCAUCAGAGCAUCGGCUGGAAGGGUGUCCUGUUGUACGGUACCGAAGAGCAAAAGCAAAAAUACCUCCCGAAGGUGACGACCGGUGGAACGAUUGCGGCUUUCUGCCUCACAGAACCCAGUUCCGGUUCGGAUGCUGGUUCCAUCCGCAGUCGAGCGGUUAAAUCAGCCGAUGGUUCGCAUUACGUGCUGAACGGUUCCAAAAUCUGGAUCAGCGGUGGUGGAUUGGCCAAUAUCUUGACGGUGUUCGCGCAAACCGAGGUGACCGAUCCGAAGACGGGCCAGAAACGUGACAAAGUGACCGCGUUUAUCGUGGAACGAGCAUUCACGGGUGUGACCAGUGGCCCACCGGAGGAGAAGAUGGGCAUUAAGUGCUCGAACACAGCCGAGAUUUAUUUCGAUGAUGUGAAGAUCCCAGUCGAGAACGUGCUGGGUGGUGAAGGAAAUGGGUUCAAGGUGGCGAUGAACAUCCUGAACAAUGGCCGAUUCGGUAUGUCAGGCACGCUGGCCGGAACGAUGGCGCACUGUAUCCGGAAGGCGGCUGAACAUGCGACAACCCGUGUCCAGUUUGGACAGAAAAUUGAAAACUUUGGCAACGUACAGGAAAAGCUGGCUCGCAUGGCUAUGCUUCAGUACGUGAGCCAAUCGAUGGGAUACAUGAUCUCGGGUAACAUGGAUGCUGGUCAUACGGAUUACCACCUGGAAGCGGCCAUUUCGAAGGUAUUCGCAUCGGAGGCCGCAUGGUACGUGUGUGAUGAAGCGAUCCAGAUCCUGGGUGGAAACGGGUUCAUGAGCUCCAGUGGGUUGGAGAAGUUCCUGCGAGACAUCCGCAUCUAUCGGAUCUUCGAGGGAGCGAACGAUAUCCUGCGGCUGUUCGUCACGCUAACGGGCAUUCAGUAUGCCGGAUCGCAUCUCAAGGAGUUGCAGCGUGCGUUCAAGAAUCCUACCGCCAAUCUGGGACUGAUCUUCAAAGAGGGUUCGAGGCGCGCUGUUCGAAGCAUUGGAUACGGUGGUACGGACCUCAGCUCGUUCGUCGCCGAUCCGCUCAAGGAGUCGUCCGCUCUGUGUGCCGAUAGUAUCGAUCGAUUCUCUAAGACGAUUGAGACGUUGCUGAUCAAGCACGGCAAGGGUAUCGUAGACCAGCAGUUCCUGCUGAUGCGGUUGGCCGAUUCCGCCAUCGACAUCUACGCUAUGUCCUGUAUACUGUCCCGAGCUACCAAAGCCAUCCGGGAGAACCAUCCGUCGGCCGAGCACGAGGUGCUGAUGGUGAAGGCGUGGUGUGUGGAGGCAAAUGACCGCGUUCGAAUCAACAUCCGGCGGAUAAAUAGCGGCGUGUUUGUGAAGAAUUUCGACACGAUGAGCGCGAUUGCGAAAAACGUGUGCUCUAACCAAGGCAUUGUUCAGUCGAAUCCAGUUCGCAUCGUGUAAACCUCGCAUGCGAAGGUGCGCAUAU